AUGGAGGACAGAAGGCAGCCUAUGGAAGUCAAUGAAGUUGUAUUAGUCAAUGAAGUAGACUUAGGUGAUGAUACAACUACUCAUUCCAUUACCACUGGAGUUGGUGACAGUGGAAAUGCACCAGACCAACCAGUAACUAUUGAUAUUCCUCAAUUGGAUCCCCAAACUAUAUGUAUUCCUGGUCCUACCGAUUCUCAGCCUAUGGGUAGUGCUCCUACUCUUGUUGAGAUUAGUACCGGUAUUAGUAGUAGUGCAAAUGAGAGGAAACAUAGGCAAAAGACUUCUAAAGUUUGGGAUGACUUCUCCCAAAUUGAAGUGUUAGGUGUAAAAAAAUCUCAGUGUAAUUGGUGUAAGAGGCUGUUUGCAAUUUCCAAAUCUAAUUCUACCUCAACACUUGGUAGGCAUUUGGUAGCAUGUGUGAAGUAUGUGGUGUCCAACAGUAAGCAAAAGAUUCUGACCUAUGAUCACAGUCAGCUAGGUGGGGGCGUUACGUUGACAAAUUUUUCUUGGAGUGAGAAGAAAGUUAGUGAACUUGCAUCCCACAUGGUGCUGUUCCACGAGUACCCUUUUAACAUGAUGGAACAUGAUCUUUUUAACAAGUUUAUGAAGGCAUGCACGCCCCAUUGGAAAAAGAUUAGUCGUGCAACUGUGAAAAGUGAUUGCAUGUCUACAUACCUUAGUGAGAAGAAAAAGAUUAAAGCAAUGCUUGGUGGGGUUGAGAAGGUAAACAUAACAACUGAUAUGCGGACAUCUUCGCAAAGGGUGUCAUAUAUAGUUGUUACUUGCCAUUAUGUAGAUUCGGAUUGGUUCCUCCAAAAGAGAAUUUUGAACUUUUUUAACGUACCUCAUCCUCAUAGUGGUGUUGUCAUUGUUGAUGCCCUUAGGAAGUGUUUUAUAGAAUGGGGCAUUGAAGAUAAGGUAUUAACAAUAACAGUUGAUAAUGCAAGAGCAAAUGAUUCUGCCAUCAGAAUCAUUAAAGAUGAUUUUGAAUUGAGGAAUGAGUUGGUUGUUGGGGGGCUUUUUGAAAUUGGAGACAUUGUUGAUUCUGUUAGACAGGGAAUAAAGUAUGUGGUUGCUGCGGAGGGAAGGUUGACAGAGUUUAGUGGAAUAGCUCAACGUUUGCAUUUGCCAUCUAAGAAACUGUGGGAAAAGGUGGAGAAUGUAAACCAGGUUUUGUCGGUUUUUAAUGAAGUUACAAACAUGGUAUCGGGAAGUGAUUAUCCUACCUCAAAUCUGUUUCUACCUGAGGUAUGGAGAAUGAAGGAAAUUCUGCAGUUGAAAUGUGUUGAUAGGCAUGACUACAUUAGAUCAAUGACAGGAAAAAUGACUCAGAAAUUUGAGAAGUAUUGA